AUGAUAGACGACCCCAGCGUGGCGUCUAUUAACCUCAGUAAUGAGGUGGCAGAUGUACUCCUAGGAUGGAUUAGGACUACACCACCAGGUGCUAAGUUUGAGAAUGGAUUAGAGCUAAUUGGUCUAAACGUCUCAAAUGACCAGACGAUGGUCAAUAACUGGAAUCAUUCCAGAUCAAAAGCUGCGAAUGUUUCCGUGGUCAUGGACCUCGUUGAGUUCCUCAUUAAUCCCAACGUACUCUCCAACGUGACCUGCUCGAUAAUUACGACUUACUCUGAGCAGAAGAAGUGCUACAUCGCCAAGAUGCCGGAGCUUUCUGUGAAGCUGAACAUUGUUUUUGAAGGUAUAGUUGAUGUUGUCACCGGGGAUAGGAUUCGAGCAAAUGUCGCUAUAACCAGAGCCCGCGCUUGUUUGAUCGUUGUCGCGAAUGGCCGCAUUCUCGACAACGACCGACUCAUUCUCGUCCAUUGGCAGUAUCUAUUAAAUAACGACCUCAUUGUUGAUUGUCCCGGAGAGCUGCCCACCGUGGAUAGCAACGUUGAGAAGGAGAAAAAAUCGGCGGGGCCCACAAAUUUGUGA